CGGUUGAUAGCGGGAUCGUUGUUAGUCACGUCGGGACCACGUACAGUGACGGUCGUGGAGAUAGAGAGUCGCAAAAACUCGAUAGACAGAGACAAAAACGCGGAACGAUCGCGAGAAGAAAGCGAUAUCGUGGACGGGAAGCAUCGCUGUGAGAAAGAGAGAGAGAGAAAGAGAGGGUGACAGAAAAACAGCGGGCGGGCGUAUCCAGUACAACGCCACCGUUCCAUUCUCGUUUCAGCAGCAUUAAAGCUCCAACGAUUCGUGCGCUGCUAAUUCCGGUGCGUGGGUCCAUUGGUGCGCGCGCGUGCGUGUAUGUAUUAUCGCGUGUGUAUCUUCUACCUCGUUUCGGUGAGUGCGGGAUUCUAGGAGGCGGACGUGCGUCGUUGGUCGUGUCGAUCUCGUUUUUUUUUUGUGCCCUCGACAUCUCCGCGACGGAGGGACGAGGCGUCGCGACGAACAACGCGUCAUAGUAGUGUGCCUAAACGCGGAAAGGAGAAGAGAUAGGAGUGUGCCCGUAGAGAGGAAGAGCAUAAGCAGGCAGCGUAGAAGAGAGGCGGCGGUGGAGGCGGAGGUGGGGGAGGCGGCGGUACGGAGUGACGGAUUUGUUUUCUUGCACAACGGUGGAGCAAAACGGCCUCAAACUGUGGGGCUCUGGGGCGUUUUUCCUUCCUCCGCAAGGGAUGUACUACCCUCACAUGGUGCAGACAGGGAUGGCUGCGCCCUAUGGUGGGGGUGUCUUUCCCCCUCCGGUGAACGGGGUCGCGGGUGUCGUGGGGGCGGCUGGUGCAGCCGGUGACGUUAAACCACCGCCGCCAGUGCCGGUGAAGGAGGAGAGCGCCGGUGCAACCCAGCAACCACCCCCGACUGGCGGGCCCCAGGUGCCACCCGCGGCGGGUGCACCCCAUCCUGCCGCCCCUGGUGCGCCGACCGCGGCCAGCUUCAGUCCGCCUCCGCCUCCGAAUGGGGUCGAUCAACAGGCCAUCUCGGAGGUGUUUCAGGCUGCGGUUGCGGCAGCCGCAGCUGCAGCUGCGGGAGGUGGCGGUCAACAGCCCGCACCAACACCGGGCGGCAACGAGACCAACCCCGAAGGCGGAGUGGAGGCCGCUACGUUGGUACCUGUCACCUCAGGCGCGACGACACCUGCAACAGCGACACAGGGUACCGACCUCAAAGGUCAACCAAAACGUCUGCACGUCAGCAACAUACCCUUCCGCUUUCGAGAUCCUGAUCUUAGAGCAAUGUUUGGGCAAUUUGGGCCAAUCCUGGAUGUGGAAAUCAUAUUUAACGAAAGGGGAAGUAAGGGAUUCGGUUUUGUAACAUUCGCAAAUAGUGCUGACGCGGACCGGGCACGUGAGAGGCUACACGGCACCGUGGUUGAGGGCAGAAAGAUUGAGGUGAACAACGCAACAGCGAGGGUACAGACGAAAAAGCCGCCGACGGUGCCGAACGUGUGCGUACAAUGGCCCGAGGCCGCGGCCCUUAGAGGAGUCGCCAUACAACGCGGCAGAGCUGGAACGCCAAGGACCACCUUCCCGACCAGCGCGGCCGCUCUAGCACUGGUUAGGAAUACAGGGCCGCUUGCGGCCGCAGCUGCGGCCACGAGUCUACAUCCCUUCGCGCCCACUGUUUAUUACGACCCCUUCCUCGCGGCGCACGCAGCGACACAGGAUCCCAACUACAGGUUGCAGCUGGAAUGGCCUCAAGCAACAGCUGACGCCGCGGCAGCAGCGGCCGCAGCGUCACCCUUGUUGAAGACACCCCUAUCAACGGCACAACAGGCCACGUACGCAGCUGCAGCGACCUACACGGCGGUGGCUGCGCGCGCAUACGGCGCAGCUGCAGCUGCGGCACAGCCGGUCGCAGGAUAUGCCGCAGUCGCGGGUUACGGGCGUGAAUACGCCGACCCUUACCUUGGACACGGCAUUGGACCUGUGGCGGGUUACGGGGCGACGGUGUACAGAAGCGGUUACAACAGGUUCACACCGUAUUAAAUGGCUCAUUAACAGCGGAGCGCGAGAGCCUUCCAAGUUAUACACCAUGUUAUACUCAGCAAAACAUGACCAGACACAAGUCGACACAAUCAUCACCGUCAUUUUGCCAUCAUCGAGAUCACCUUCGAGGCAUCGAGCCUGGACCCUCCACGCAUAACGACUCGUCGGUUUUAUCCCCCACCUUCUCCCUUCACCAACUUUGCGACACGAUCGUGAAGGAUGAACGGGGACUGUCGUUUACUUUUAACACCGAAAUCGUUCGAUCAAAGCGAAAUCAUUGUCAAUGACACAAAGCGCCGUCUAUGUUAAAUCUUGAAAUUGUAUUGUACUUUGAACACUUAUAAAUAACGGCUGAAAUAAAUAGACGAGAAAAAUCAAUCUGUAAACGCAACGGUGGUGUCGAGGCCGGCGCAUCGAAAUGUCGUGUCGUGUUCGGCGAAAAGUCACCUUUAAUCAAUCCCCUGCCAGCAGCCAUUCGCACGCGAAAACAAUAAAACCUGCUCGAUCUUGUUUCCAUUUAAUCAAUUUGGAUAAAUUAAUAUAUAAUACAAAAUUGGAAUAAGAUCAAUAUACUUAUUGUAUUUUCGAAUUUCGCUACAAAAUUAUUUUCAAUAACGUGAACAUUUUUGCUACAUGCAAAUAUCUUAAAGACAAUAUUUAGUAUGAUUCCAAUAUUUUAAUCAAUAAAAAAAAUGUGAAAAAAAUUUCGAAUUGCUAAACGGAACGUAAAAUAAAAAAAUCGUCUUUUUCUAUCUCUGUUUAUAGUUUCUGUAAAGUACACCAAUAAUGUGAUAUUGUCACACAUCGAUAUGAUGCAUGAACGCUGAUUCGUGCAUAUAUUCUCAUUUAUUGAACUAGUUGUAAUAUAGCUGCGCACAUAUGUUGUAAUUAUUUCUAUUUAAGUCAAUGUUACGAUAUGGUUUGUAUAUAUAUAUUUAUAGAGUCUAAAUUAACGCUAAAGAAAAAUUGCUGAAUAUUUCGCACAAAUAUCCUAGAAUGAUACGAUUCUUAUGCACAUGAUUCACUUAGAUGAAAUAAACAAUAAUUUUAUAAAUAAUUCAGUUUGUUUCACGCAUAGAUUAAAUUAUACGCGAAUAUUUAUAGAUAUAUAUUAAUAAUAAUUGAUGAAAUUAAGAUGAACAAAUGCGCGCAACUACCGAAAUGGAUAAUUAUUAUGAAAUAAGUACACAGUGUAAUUUUCUGCGAUAUAGAUACGCGCAUAAAUGGCUGUCGCAGGACGAAAUUUUCUGCUAAAUGGCAGCAAAACUCUUUGAUGACUUUAGUCGACACGAACCGGCACACGGUGAUCUGAAAAAGCGAGAUCCUUAGGUAGCUAGUUAAAAAGAAAAAAGAAAAAAAACGACCUCUAGAAAGAAACAAAGGCAUUGAUGUGACCGGUAGGGUUUCUAUGCCAAAUAUGUGUGUAUGCGCUUUUGCGCGCGUGUGUAUGCGUAGUUUAUGAAAUAAACUCUGUUCUCAGUAAACUAGGGAAUAGCGGAUAUAGACGAAAUAAGACAGAGAGAAGAACCGCUUAGACCUCUAAAACAAAAUGCCGAGUUUUAAUUGUGCACAGGGUCUAGUCAAAUCAAUUUCAUUUAAUUUCACGCAAAGCUUCGAUCCUUAUUUUCUAAAAUUCAAUCAACCUGUCGACCUUUUGAAUUCUCAUUUUGCGCAUUCGCUCGCUCCAUUUGUGGAUUACUCGAAAUAAAUUUAAAGUAUAAAACACAACUCAAUAGAUCUAAAACUAUCUUGCAUCUAAUCUCUAUCGUUCUUUAAACUCCCUAGAAACGCUAAAUAUAACAACUUAACGCACGAGUCUCUUGACAAUCAAUUAAAGGAAGAAAAUAUCUGUUUUGUCAAAAAAAUACUGCAAAGAUCUCUUUUUCAAUUCUCCUCUAGUUCUAGUUCUUUCAAAUUAAAACUUGAGACUUUCAGAAACUUUAGAAAUCGAAUAUUUAAUUUUAUAAUAUUGUUAAUCGUCGAAGAGAAACUUGGCGCAACAAUUUUACUGCCCUUUUCCGCACGCUGGGUAGCAAUCCGAGCGACAAAUUAUACAUUGGAGCGGCGAAUGCGAUUAUAUUGUCUUACCAACAUCUUUCCUUCUUUUUCUUCGAGAGAAAUUCGAUUCCGACAUGAAUUCAUCAUGCGACAACCAAAUUGAAGCGUGUAUUGUACCACUUAUUUAUUCCUUAGUUAAACGACUGAACGGACAUGACAACUUUUUUUUUUUUAACAUUAAGCAGAACCCACGUUGUAACCGGUAAGUACAGAAUCUCAACGCCUAUGGACAAAAGCACAGUAAUAAUACAUAGAUAGAGAUAGGAUUCGUAGAAUGCGUCUCAUGGCAUAAUCGAUCAUAUGUUGGGAUUGUAUAAAGACCAAAGGAACGAUCGUAACAAAUAUUAUGAAGAAAUAUUUGUAAUUAAUUAAUUAUUACUUUAUUAACUUUUGUAUAAAAUUAUAUAUACAUAUAUAUGUUUUUACAUAUAUAAUAAAAAUUACACUUUAUAAAUUUUUCAUACAUAUAAAAUUAGAUAUUAUAUAAUUGGACAAUUACAUUAAUAAUUAAUUAAAUAAUAUCUUUGCUAAUGUAUUCGUUCAUUUGGUCUUUAGACGCAUCAAGCCACGAAGAUCCGCGAUGCUAAGUCAGACUUCCUUUAUAAUCGGUAAUAAACAAAUAUACGAACACUCUCUUUAACAUGACAUUGUAUACUCAGCAUGUUAUUUCGGUUUCUCGAUGUCAAAGAAAUGCACGCGCGCGUGUCUAUAAAACGAACUCGUCUUCUCUCGUCACGAAAAAUGAUU